AUGAAGGAAGUCCCGCCAACCCUCCGUUUAAUACGGGAAGAUGACAGCAUCUUUUAUAUUAACGUGAUGGAAUGUCCUACGUGGUUUGACUUCUUGAUCCGGAUUCAUCACAUUUACUCAUGCUGGCUAAAAAGACACAUUGAUGCUGAAAAGUGCGAGUUUUAUAAUGCAGACACAGAUGAAGCCCUCGACGCUGACUCCUGGCCUUCUGUUUUACAUAAGGCAAGGACAUAUGGCUUUUGCAUAACUGUUCUUGUCGUUCUGAAUACACGCAAAUUACCUCAUCAUGAAGUGGACCGCGAAAAUGAGGCAUACUUUAUCGAGCCCGAUACCGAUACGAGGACAUGGGUCAGAAUGUCAAAAAGAUUUAUAGACGUGGAGACCCUAGAUGCCUUCAAUUUACCAUGGGAGGAGGACAAAGAGGAUUCAACAAUGGUUAUUAUCAAGACCUACUUGGAUGUCGAUUUCACGGAGGUUUUAUUCGAGCAUACCCGGAGAUCCCGAAGGAUGAGGGGAGAAGAUGAAGUUUGUGAGUUAUCAGACAGUGAAGCUGAGGAUCGCAAAUCUGUGAGCGGUGACAAAAAUAGGCACCAUACUAGACUUGCUUGGCAUUGGCCUGGCUGCUCAGAAAAGGACCCUGCAGAUGAGCUGAGGAGAGCCGAAGGGGAAAUGUUUUGGACCCCAAGGUCAUCCGCCCUGGAUGGUUUAGACCUAGAGGAUGAGGGCUACCAGACUCCUCUGUCAACCCAUGAUCCUUCGGAUACUUCAAAAAGACCCUCUAGGCACUCGAACAAUAGCCGCGCUGAAAAGGCCAUCUUGCCGUACCUAUCGUGGCCACUAGCUUCUGAAAUCCCUGCUCUGUCUCGCGGCCAAGAGCAGAAAACGAUAACCCGAGUACCCGAAUCACAAAUAGCACAUAGUCGGAAACGUGAUCCCUUUUUGGUCGCUCCUAAAUAUCUGUACGCGAUACUUCAAAGAGAAGCAGCCUUUGCGAAACUCCCGAGCGUCAAGAAAUCGCAUCUAAUUGAAUUGCAAGACUCUUUCUUUGAUGAGAUGCCAACAGAGACUUACUAUCCAGAAAUUGAAAUAUGUAACCGUUUAUGCUAUUUGGUUGAUCACUUCCUCCCGGAUGGUACGGAAUGCCUGCUCAAAGACAAGAUAUACGGAGGGCUUUAUACGAUCUUCAAAGAGUGUCUUAAGACUCCUCACCAUACAAAGCUCACUAGGCUGCCUCAGCUGAAGGACUUCGCCGACCGGUCUACAAGGCUAUUGAAGCUGUCCAGCGAGAUCCGUGCCGGCAUUCGGAGUGAUAUGAGCCGCCUGCCUCUCCUUACAGCUCAUAUGGACUGUUUUAUGGAGUUAUGUAGGGCUAUUAGCCAUCUUUGUUACUUUAUCCAACAUGCACUAUCGGAUGAACACCAAUCCACGGGAACCCACCCCGGAAAAGGUCAGCCAGAUCCAACCACCCUGGACAAAGGCUUAGGCUUGGAUGACCCCGGAGAAGAUAUCCACAUGGCAGGAUAUUCGAAGUUUGACAUAACAUCGCCUUCCGAAGCAUUCACCAUGGAAGGUUCCAUAAUCAAGGACCGAGAAGUCACUCGGAGUAUAUCGCCGCAGUCCAAAGCUACAGAGGGCUCCUGGUCGGAUUACCCUGCUAUCCCAUCUCAUAGAGUGUCGCGUCCCAUUGCUUCUACAGCUAGCGAUCACAGCAUCAAAGAUCGAAGCAUUCCUCGAAAGCAAAAAACGGACCAUCGAGCCAGAGCCUGGGGUGACAGAGAGUGUGAUAAGACGGAGCCUGAUAUCGACAAAAUUUCCUGGAUGGACGGAUCCCAGGCGCUCAAAGAGGCGGAGGAUCUACUAAUUGAAUCUAAGUAUUCAAUUAUCUGCACGUUAAUAGAGACAAACCCUCUAGAUAUUGAUGAUUAUAUCGCCGUGGGACCGUCCCGAAUUGCAUCCUCAAUUUUGGAACACGUCUCCCUUGGUUUGAGUGACCUGGAUGGCGCGGGGUCAUUUCGUCUUGAGGAAAUCUACAGAGAUUAUUCUUCCCAGUUGAGAAUCAAAGUGAGAGAUAAGCCUUCUCGAGCCUUGCUCGAUGACUUGGACCUUCUUGAGGAGGAGUUAGAGUGCAUUCUCUCAGCAAUCCAGAAACAAAAGACGGUGCUGGAAAAGUUCAUGGAUUUCGUCGCAGACAACAUCUCCAAGUCCCGAAGGGGCUCAAAAGACGUAAUCCAAAACUCCAUCCGGGAACUAAAUGACAAGGCAGAUCUGUAUAGUGAAAUGAACUCUGGCAUUGAGAAGCUAAGGAGAAGGGUAGUACGUCAAGUCGACCUCCAACAAGAUAAUAAUAGUAAGGCGAUCCUUGUCUUUACUAUUGUGACUGUUGUAUUCCUCCCAUUAUCAUUCAUGACGAGCUACCUCGGUAUGAAUACCCGUGACAUACGGGAUAUGGACCGGGAUCAGUGGCUGUUCUGGGCAAUUGCGGGUCCUCUCACGUUGUUCAUCGUUGGGGUGUGCAUGGUCGUGGCCUAUGAAGGUGAAAGGAUACGCGAUGUGAUCGCCCAGUGUCUGGUCAAGACCUGGGGGGGAACUAAACGGGCCAGAGUGGAUGUAUAG